GCGCGCAGCGCCAAGAUGGCGGCGGCCGCGGUCGGAGUCUCCUUGAGGCGCGGAGUCCCCGCGCGGCUCCUGCGGGCCGGGCCGCGGGCGGUGCUCCGGGGAGCGCAGACGGCGGCGGCGGCGCCGCGGCUGAAGAAAUUCGCCAUCUACAGAUGGGACCCCGACAAGCCCGGGGACAAGCCCCGCAUGCAGACCUACGAGGUGGAUCUCAACAAGUGUGGGCCCAUGGUGCUCGAUGCCCUGAUCAAGAUCAAGAACGAGAUGGACUCCACGCUGACCUUCCGCAGGUCCUGCAGGGAGGGAAUUUGCGGCUCCUGUGCCAUGAACAUCGCUGGGGGCAACACCCUGGCCUGCAUCAAAAAAAUCGACAGUGACCUCAACAAAGUCACCAAAAUCUACCCUCUGCCCCACAUGUACGUGGUGAAGGACCUGGUUCCGGACCUGAGUAACUUCUACGCCCAGUACAAAUCCAUCGAGCCCUACCUGAAGAAGAAGGACGAGUCCAAGGAGGGCAAGGAGCAGUACCUGCAGUCCAUAGAGGACCGUCAGAAACUGGACGGGCUCUACGAGUGCAUCCUGUGCGCCUGCUGCAGCACCAGCUGUCCCAGCUACUGGUGGAACGGGGACAAGUACCUGGGCCCCGCCGUGCUCAUGCAGGCCUACCGCUGGAUGAUCGACUCGCGGGAUGACUACACGGAGGAGCGGCUGGCCCAGCUGCAGGACCCCUUCUCGCUGUACCGCUGCCACACCAUCAUGAACUGCACCCGCACCUGCCCCAAGGGUUUGAACCCCGGCAAAGCCAUCGCCGAGAUCAAGAAGAUGAUGGCCACCUACAAGCAGAAGGCAGCGGCUGUGUAAGGGCCGGGGGAGCCCCGGAGGAGCCCCGGGGGAGCCCCGGGGGAGCGCGGCACCGCUGCCGGUGUCACCCGCCCGCGGCCGCGCUCAAUAAACGCUGCAAAGAACA